ACGCCGCUUCCGCCCGGCGCCGCCGGUGACGCCACGUCCGGGAUCCCGGCGGCCCUCGCUCGCGGCGCGACGCGACUUCCGGCGUGUCGCGGGCCGAGCGGAGCGGGGGGGCCCGGCCGGGCCGCGCGGCGCAGGCGCUGCCAUGUCGGACGGGAUGAUGAGCAAGGCGGCCACCAUGGAGAUCCCCAUCAGCAGCAACGGCGACGCGGGCAGCCUGCCCGAGGACGACAGCCUGGAGCAGGACCUGCAGCAGGUGAUGGUGUCGGGGCACCUCAACGAGACCAGCAUCGUGUCCGGCGGCUACGGGGGCACGGCCGAGGGCAUCAUCCCCACCGGCGCCAUCAAAGGGUGCCUUGUCCAACCUCACCCGCCCCGAGGAGCACCCGUGUCCCCCAGCGCGGCUGCCGCCAGCAGGAUGGCCGACCCGGCCGGUGCCUCAGGCUCCGCGCUGCACCAGCCCCACGCCGGCCCCGCCGCCGGGGGAGAGGAGAUCGUCCGCGGCAUCGCCGUGGAGAAGUUUGACAUCGUCAAGAAGUGGGGGAUCAACACGUACAAGUGCACCAAGCAGCUGAUCUCGGAGCGGUUCGGCCGCGGCUCCCGCACCGUGGACCUGGAGCUGGAGACGCAGAUCGAGCUGCUGCGCGAGACCAAGCGCAAGUACGAGUGCGUGCUGCAGCUGGCGCGGGCGCUCACCAACCACUUCUACAGCCUGGUGCAGACGCAGCACGCGCUGGGCGACGCCUUCGCCGACCUCAGCCAGAAGUCCCCGGAGCUGCAGGAGGAGUUCGGUUACAACGCGGAGACGCAGAAGCUGCUCUGCAAGAACGGGGAGACGCUGCUGGGCGCCGUCAACUUCUUUGUGUCCAGCAUCAACACGCUGGUGAACAAGACCAUGGAGGACACGCUCAUGACGGUCAAGCAGUACGAGACCGCCAGGCUGGAGUACGACGCGUACCGCACGGACCUGGAGGAGCUGAGCAUGGGCCCGCGCGACGCCGGCACGCUGUGCCGCCUGGACGCCGCGCAGAGCCAGUUCCAGAGCCACAAGGACAAGUACGAGAAGCUGCGGGCGGACGUGGCCAUCAAGCUCAAGUUCCUGGAGGAGAACAAGAUCAAGGUGAUGCACAAGCAGCUGCUGCUGUUCCACAACGCCAUCUCCGCGUACUUUGCGGGGAACCAGCAGCAGCUGGAGCAGACGCUCAAGCAGUUCAACAUCAAGCUCAAGACCCCCGGCGCCGAGAAGCCGUCCUGGCUGGAGGAGCAGUGAGCGGCCUGCCGGGGGGGCCACGGACCUCGACUCGGCCUGGGGGAGCGGGGCGCUGGGCCCGCGGGGCCCCCACCUCGCGCACAGCCCGGCACCGCGGCCGGGAGCCCCCCGCCCCCCGGGGGCAGCGCCCCCUGCCCGGCUGCACCACACGCCCCGGCCCCCGCCCGCGCCUUGGGGUGGGGGGACGCUCCGGGCCUCCCUGCACCCCCGGCCCUGGGCAGGGCGCUCG